GGUCCAUCCCACUUGUGUUGUGUACAAAUGCAGCAGAGUCGAGCUGAGCCUGCAUUCCACUCGUCUAACUAUUCACCUCUCACACACACACACACACACACACACACACACACACUGUUCCAUGCGCUCACGUCACACACUCAUCACGCCGCUCUACAGGAGACCCAGACCAGUACGAGGAGAUGCUGGCGGCUGGCAGCUACUCAGAGGAAGGAGAAGGUAGUCGUCCGGGAAUUCGAUUUUUGAGUCUUCCCAGAAAUGACUAACUGGGCUGUUAAUGGCUACCAGCGUCACAUGUGGAGAGAGACGGUUGAUCCAGACACGCUGCACCUCAAGACAGUCCGACAUAUUCCCACCCCGACAAACGACACCCGGGUUUCUACCCGAUCCUUGACUCAUUCCCAGCUCAAGUAACCUGAGCCCAAAAAGGAGAUCUGGAAGCCACGCCUGAUAUAAGACCUUGUGGACUCUACGGGGCUGACGCUCAGUUAUCGAACCUACUGGGGAACAGCCUCAGGAUGCUGGCAAAAAUCCUGGAGGAGAUGUGGGUGGAGCCGCAGGUGCUGGAGGCCCUGAGCGAAGAACAGAAAAGGAUCCUCUUCCUCAAGAUGAGAGAGGAGCAGGUACGACGCUGGAGGGAACGGGAAGAGCGGGAAGCACAGGACAUCGGCGUCAGCAGGCCAAGGAAAGCCUCCAGUAAGCGUGUGAGUUGGAUGCUGGGUCGGGAUGGAGACGUGAGCGUCAUUGUGAUCGGAGAGGUCGAUGAGUUCAGGUCCUCCAAACUUCUCCAGAACCUCAUCAACAACAGACUCCAUCACGAGAAUAUGAAUGGCAUCCAGACAGCAGACGCGCAGGCAGGAAGAGAAGCCCAGCCGCUCGGAUUUAAAGCAGAAAUCCAUCCUCCCUGCACCGACGGAACCGCUACCGGAUCCGGCUCACCAAACAGCCAAUCAUCCGAGGAUGAGAUGGACUCCUGCAGCGCCGAUGACGACCUGAAGGACCCCGAUGAGGGCAGUGACAGUGAAUCGGGCAGCCGCUCGGACAACCUCGCCGACUGGGCUCCUCUCUACAGGCCCCGUCUUAGUAACCAUGGCAACAAAGCAGCACUCAAAGCCCAGCUGUCAGAUGCAGGCGGGGUCAGCUCACAGGCCAGAGACAUUUUAAUUGAAGAGAAGAAGACAGACUACGGAGGCAGAGUGGCCCAGCUUAGGAGAACCUUUGCAUCUGAUCGCCACGGCCUCAACAAACCUCCUCUACCUGUCAAACCCGCUCAUCUCCUGACCAGAGACACGCCAUUGAUCCACUAGGACUCCACUAACAGGCCUGCUGUCACACCAAAGAACUCACUGGAUUGUGUUGGUAUGUUCCACCUGGAGAACGUAAAGAAGGUCCAGGUCCAGGUUCAUGAGGAUCCUCACUCGAACCCAAAAGGUCACAUGAACGUGGAGAAACGUGAACGUGAACAGUCAUUAUCCACAAGGACGCAUAACUGAAUUUUUAUGUUUAAUGCAUUUCAAUUAUAUGUUGUUUUUUUUAUUCGGAUUCCAUGUGCUGCGGUUUUGGUGAAGUGGAUGCAUUCAAAGUAGGGAUGCUCCGAUCCAUCGAUCACCGAUCAAUGUU